GUCAAUGUCUAACCCGGAAGCCGAGUCGCGAUCCCGGAGGACACGGUCCCUGCGGCAUCUGCGCUCCUAACUCCGGGGGGUUCACCCGCUCUCACCGGGGUCCUGCCUGCACCCCGCUCCCAUCCGGUUUGUCGCUUGGGCUGGUUGGCAGUUUUGCUGGUGUUGAACCUGCCUGGGUGGUCUGGGAUCGGACUGUGCCUCCGGGAGCGGCCUCUGGCCCCGGGGCCGGUGUUGGGUUCCCACAUCAGUGAGGUGAGCCUACACCAAGAUCAAGAUGCCACCUCCCAAGGAUAUUGUGAAGAUCGCUGUGCAAAUGCCUGGAGCCUAUCCUCAGCUCAUAGACCUCGACCAGAAAAAGCCUCUGUCAACCGUCCUGAAGGAAGUCUGUGACGUGUGGAAUAAGAACAAUCCGGACCAGUACGCUCUUCAGUACACGGAUGGGAUACAGAGCUACAUCACAGAGACGAAUCGGCAUGAAAUUAAGAACGGAAGCAUUCUGCGUUUGGCCACAGCCCCGAGUCGAGAGGCGGAGAAUCUGUACACGGGGACCCAGAGUGGCAACUAUGACGUGCGCUUUGAGUCGCUGAAGGGGCUGGCAGUCCUCUCCAAGGACAUCACCUUUGCCCAGGAGUUUAUCAGCAAGGACGGCAUUGCAGCGCUGGUCCGCAUUGUGGAGAACGGCAACGACACGGGUGAGAGUUUGGCGCACACUCUGAAUGCAUUCAUAGAGCUCAUGGAACACGGUGUCGUCUCCUGGGAAACCCUCACCCCCGUCUUCAUUAAGAAGAUUGCAGGCUUUGUGAACAAGUCGGCCAUGGACGCGUCGAUCCAGCAGUUAUCUCUGGCCAUCCUGGAGAGUAUGGUGCUCAGCAGCAGCUACCUGUUUCAGCUGGUGAAGAACGAGGUGCCCCUGGACAGGCUCAUCUCUCACCUCCAAGUGACAAACCAGAUGAUCCAGACGAAAGCAAUGGCGCUGAUCAUAGCCCUGCUCCUCAGCUCCAACGACGAUGAGAGGAAGGAAACAAUGGAGUUUCUCAUUAAAAGAAACCUGAGGCAAUAUGUCUUCAAGAACAUUAUCCUGAGUUCCUCCACCAUGAGAGACGAGAUGGCCCAUUACUUGUACGUCCUGCAGUCCGUUUCCCUCAACCUCCUGGAGCCCAGGAUGAAGAUCCCAAUGGACCCCUAUAACCAGGACCAGAGGGAAAUGAUACAGAGCCUGCGGCAGGCAGCCUUCGAGUCCGAUGCUGACACCACCUCUGGGAACUUCAACACGGACCGGCGAAAGUCUUUGUAUUCCAGAGAGUUCAGGAGGCUGGGCUUUCCGAACAAUGCCAACCCCUCGCUGGACUUCAGUCGCACCCCUCCUGGGCUACUGCCUCUGGAUAACAUGAUCUACUUUGCUUCUCGCCACUCUGACGCCUACAAUCGGUUUGUUCUGGAGAACAGCAGUCGGGAGGACAAGCACGAGUGUCCGUUUGGCCGUGGGAGUAUUCAGCUCACCAUCAUCCUCUGCGAGAUACUGAAGAUCGGAGACCCACCCUCAGAAACAGGACAGGACUUCUAUCCCAUGUUCUUUGCCCAGGACAGGGUCUUUGAAGAAUUCUUCUGUAUUUGCAUCCAGCUCUUGAACAAGACAUGGAAGGAAAUGCGAGCCACACAAGAAGACUUUGAUAAGGUCAUGCAGGUGGUACGGGAGCAGAUCACACGGACACUGGCCACCAAGCCUACCUCCCUCGAGCUCUUUCGCAACAAGGUGAAUGCCCUGAACUACAGUGAGAUCCUCAAACUGCGGCAGACCGAGAGGAUGCACCAGGAGGAGACCUUGGCACCACCAGUCCUGGAGCUGAGGGAGAGACUGAAACCAGAGCUGAUGGAACUGAUCAAGCAGCAACGCCUCAAUCGCCUGUGUGACGGGACGCUCUUCCGCAAGAUCAGCAGCCGCCGGCGCCAAGACAAGCUGUGGUAUUGUCGCCUGUCGCCCAAUCACAAGGUGCUGCACUAUGGAGAUGUGGAGGAAGGAGUGGAGAACCCAGCCAUCGAGUGGCUGCAGGAGAAGAUCCCCGUGGCUGACAUUAAAGCUCUGGUGACUGGGAAGGACUGCCCUCACAUGAAGGAGAAGAGCACACUGAAACAGAACCGGGAGGUGCUGGAUCUAGCCUUCUCCAUUCUGUACGACGCAGAGGACUACUCGUUGAACUUCAUCGCGCCAAGCAAAUAUGAUUUCGGGCUGUGGACUGACGGCUUGAGUGUCCUCCUGGGCAAGGAGCUGAACAGCGAGCAGACCAAGAGUGAGCUGGAGAUCCUGCUGUCCAUGGAGAUCAAACUGCGGCUCUUGGACCUGGAGAACAUCUCCAUCCCAGAUGUUGCUCCACCCAUCCCCAGUGUGCCCAGCAACUACAACUUCUGUUACGACUUCAGCCACACUGACCACUGAUGGCGUCAGAGUGGCUUCACGUUCAAACAUGUCAGCACUUCCUCACUGUUAGAGGUGGCAGGGAGGGGGGGGUGGGGGA